AUGCGCUGCCAGCCAGCAGGAGCUGGGAGCAUGGGCUCCCUAGGGGCCGCGGCAGGCUGGGGGCUUUUAAAUUACAAGACAGAAAAAUAUGUGAUGACCAGGAACUGGCGGGUGGGUGCCCUGCAGAGGCUGCUGCAGCUCGGGAUCGUGGCCUAUGUGGUGGGGUGGGCUCUCCUGGCCAAAAAAGGCUACCAGGAGCGGGACCUGGACCCUCAGAUUUCUGUUAUCACCAAACUCAAAGGGGUUUCUGUGACCCAGAUCAAGGAACUUGGGAAUCGUCUGUGGGAUGUGGCCGACUUCGUGAAACCACCACAGGGAGAGAACGUGUUCUUCUUGGUGACCAAUUUCCUUGUGACAGCAGCCCAAGUUCAGGGCAGAUGCCCAGAGCACCCCUCCAUCCCAUUGGCUACCUGCUGGGCCGACAAGGACUGCCCUGAAGGGGAGAUGGGCACGCACAGCCACGGCAUGAAAACAGGACAGUGUGUCGUGUUCAACGGGACCCACAGGACCUGUGAGAUCCUGAGCUGGUGCCCAGUGGAGAGCAGUGCCGUACCCACGCGGCCCCUACUGGUCCAGGCUCAGAACUUCACACUGUUCAUCAAAAAUACUGUCACCUUCAGCAAGUUCAACUUCUCCAAGUCCAAUACCUUGGAGACCUGGGACCCCACCUAUUUCAAAUGCUGCCGCUAUGAUCCACACUCCAGCCCUUACUGCCCCGUGUUCCGCAUCGGAGACCUUGUGGCCGAGGCUGGAGGGGACUUUGAGGACUUGGCGUUGCUGGGUGGUUCUGUGGGCAUCAGUAUCCACUGGGAUUGUGACCUGGACACCGGAGGCUCUGACUGCCGGCCCCACUACUCCUUCCAGCUGCAGGAGAGGAGCUACAACUUCAGGACAGCCACUUACUGGUGGGAACACCCAGGUGUGGAGGCCCGGAGCCUGCUCAAGCUUUACGGGAUCCGCUUCGACAUCCUUGUCACUGGGCAGGCAGGGAAGUUUGGCCUUAUCCCCACGGCCAUUACUCUAGGCACUGGAGCUGCUUGGCUGGGCGUGGUCACCUUCCUCUGUGACCUGCUGCUGCUGUAUGUGGACAGAGAAGCCCAUUUCUACUGGAGGACCAAGUAUGAGGAGGCAAAGGCCCCGAAGGCAACUGCCAACUCUAUGUGGGGCACACUGGCUUCUGCAUCCCAAGCCCAGCUGCCUAGGUGCCUCAGACAGGGCCCAGCAUCUGCCCCCGUGGCCCCUGCUACUGGAAGUCAGACACCGACACCAGGGUGGCCCUGCCCGGGCUCUGGCACCCACUCACUGGCGAAUUCCUGUGGCCUAUAG